AUGUCAUCAAAUUUUUAUGAGACAGAUCUCCGUACUAUUAAACCAUUGAUUGGUCGGACAUCGGAUGAUAUUCAGCAGAGAUGUCAUUAUUUAUGUGCAAAUUAUUUGAACGGCAUUUGGUCUGUGACUAAACCGGAAGACAUUGUAAUUGAGAGGAUCAGCGGUGGUAUGUCUAACCAGUUAUACCACUGUACUCUUCCUGGUCACAAAGUCAUUAAUGAUGAGCCAAAUGAAGUAGUGGUCAGACUGUAUAAAGAAAAUAUCGCCAGUGAUCGACACAAUGACACUGUUAUUGGAUUAUUGAUGUCUGAGUACGGGUUGGGACCAAAAAUUCACGGAUCGUUUCCUGAAGGGGUUAUUCAACAAUAUAUACAACACCGACAGUUUGGCAUUCAGGAACAAAAUGAUGAAAAACUAGUGCUAGAGUUGGCCCGAAAGCUGGCUGUACUUCACUCAAUGAAAGUGCCUCUCAAUCGGCGCCAAAAUUGGUUGUUAAACACAAUUGAUAAGAAAAUGCAAAUCGCGUAUCAAAUGUCACCACCGAUUGACAAACUUAUUGAUGAACUCAAACUGGAUUUAUUGACAACCGAUCGGCUAAAUGAAGAGCUAUUGUGGAUCAGACAACUGACAAUAGUUACCGAUUGUCCCGUUUGUUUUACACACAAUGAUUUCAAGAGCGACAAUAUUAUGGUUAUCGGCAAUGAAUGCGAUGUCAACUCAAAUUUGAUAUCAAACCGACUAUUAUUUUGUGACUUUGAAUACUCGGGUUACGGACUUCGGGGCUACGAUUUUGGUACACUAUUUGCCGAAUGGAAUCGCUGUUUGCCUAACGAUUAUAAAAAUCUUCAGAAGUUUCCGGACGACAACCAAUUGAAACCAUUUGUCGACGAAUACUAUCGCGAAUCGGUUCGUCUGGCAGGCAGUGGGUUCGCAACCGACUCGCGAAACUCGUACCAAAAUAUUGUCAAUGAAAUCAAAGUCUUUACACUCGUGUCCAACAUUUUCAUGACAAUCGCUACGUUAGCUUUUGAUGUCCAUAAUUGUCCAGAAAUGCCAUUUCUAACAAAAUCUGUUUUAAUGAUUAGUGCAAAUCAACAU